ACAUGAGUACAUACACAUAACGCGGGGCUCCGCAUUGCAACCGACCAUGACAACCGCGCAAACCAAAGCCCUCACAACCGUCGAGAUCCUCGAGAACAUUCUUCUUCAGGUGGAUAUCCAGUCUCUUCUGACAUCCGCCCAGCGCGUCUGUCAUGCAUGGCACGACCUCAUCUCCACGCCUGCCCUGCAAAAACACCUCUUUUUGACCCCGGACUGGAAUCGACCGCAACCAGAGCGCAACCCGCUUUUAGUCCAUAUUUUUCCGGGCUGGUUCAUCACUGGCCAAAUCGCCGAUGGCGAAUACCGGGGGAAGAUCGGGCGCGACGGCAUCAAUCCCCGCUGGGAUUUGACGCAACCCGACCAGAAGGAGUCUUUCAUCCGGAAAGAAGCCAGCUGGUGGCGCAUGCUCGUGCAGCAGCCCCCAAUCCGGGAGUUAUUUUCUUUCGACAUAAUGCAAAACCGAGGCGGAGAGAGGGUCGAUGGUUUGUCUUAUACCGAGUUCGAUGAUGAGGAUGAGGACGAGGAUUAUGAUGAUGCUGCUGAUGAUGAUGAUGUUGAUGACGAUGGUGGCGAUGGUGGAGAAGAUCUCUCCCCCUUCAUAGUUGGACAACCGACGGAGCCUCUGCGAAUGGGGAAGCUGGUGAAGGAGGCCCCUAGUACCUCUGACCGUAUUGAGGUUCUCUGGAGUAUCAAGGACUAUCGACUUCACCGUUCUAUGUUUAUUCGCAUCAGGAAGCGAGAUGUUCGGAUGCUGCGCAGUGCGCUCAGGAGGAGUGGAAUGAUUGUGAUCAUGAAAGCGAUCGUGCAAUGUGCCAUGGGGGUCCCGCCUCCGCAGAUAGCAUGGAGGGCAAGCCAGAGGCGCUGGUGGGCGGGGGUUGAAGAGCCUACGAGACGCGAUAGGGGUCAUCUAGCCAAGAGGCAGCGUUGCAGUUAACGGUGGUGAUAUCAUCAAACAUCACCAAUUUCUGAAAUAAACUUGACAUACCAGCAAGAUGCUCAAGCUGUGUGCACUGCCGGAAAGACAAGGACACAAUGUGUCAGGAGUCCAUGAUGCCUGGACCCUGGUGAGGGAUCAUAACACAACUCCACCGCGGCCGUUGCAGAUGGCCCACCGCGUGGUGACCGAGUCGCAACAAACAGUGGCUCAUGUAGUGUGUGAGGUUUAAGCACAUGGAAGGCUGGCAUGGUUUCGACGAGGCCGGAUUUAUUGCUACUUUGGGGGUAUAAUGAGGGACGAGUCAGGGUGUCUAUUAUUCAGAAGUUUUCUUAGAUUUUGCCAUAGUCCGAACCCUACGAGCCCUUAUUGACAG